AUGGCCUCAAUAUUACCAGGACUACGCAAGGCAGUUCCUAGAUUAUCUAGGGACUUCUUUAUAUGUCACCAAUGUUUAAAACAACCUCGAUCAAUAUUACAAGCAACCAAAUUCCCUGCCAAAUCCAUAUUAACUCGCAAUAUACGAUUCAACAGCAAUACUGCUACGAUCACCGAAUCUGGGAAUGGAGUCUCGCCACUGAGUGUACUGGCAGAUUCAUUAAGUGAAUCAAGUCAAAUCAUAAAUAAAUCAUCAUCACCCAGCAGAUUUCCAGAAACAAGUUCGAAAUCAGUGGGUUAUUGGUUAUUGGGAAGUGCUGCCAGUGUAUUUGGAAUUGUCGUAUUUGGAGGUCUCACACGAUUGACAGAGUCUGGUCUUAGUAUCACAGAAUGGAAACCUGUUACCGGAUCUCUCCCACCUCUUUCCGGUGCAGAUUGGGACAGCGAAUUUAACCUGUAUCGCGCCUCACCAGAGUUUAAGCUUCUAAAUGCACAUAUGACAAUGGAAGAAUUCAAAAAGAUAUAUUUUAUGGAAUGGUUUCAUCGAUUGUGGGGACGCUUCAUUGGACUUUCCUUCGUUGUCCCAGCUGUUUAUUUUGUCGCCCGCCGUAAAGUCUCAAAGCCCAUGGCUCUUCGUCUACUUGGAAUAUCAGGACUCAUUGGCUUUCAGGGAGCUAUUGGAUGGUGGAUGGUCAAAUCAGGAUUGAAGGACGAUCUUUUUGCCCCUGGCUCUCAUCCCCGCGUUUCUCAAUAUAGGCUUACCACACAUCUUGGCGCUGCGUUUAUAUGUUACACCGCAAUGCUCUGGAAUGGACUUUCGAUUCUUCGCGAUCGCCGUUUAUUAUUCAAUAAUGCACCUGCUCGGUCGCAUGCACAUCUUCUUCGCCUAUCUUCACCUUCUUUAUCCGUAUUCCGUAAAUCGGUUGCCGGCCUCGCUCUUCUAGUCUUUACAACAGCUAUGUCCGGUGGAUUAGUAGCAGGUCUCGAUGCAGGUCUUAUUUACAACCAAUUUCCUCGAAUGGGUGUUGGGCUCACACCACCCAAAUCCGAAUUGUUUUCGGAAUUUUACUCUCGACGACCGGAUCACAGUGAUUUAUGGUGGCGUAAUAUGCUCGAGAAUCCCUCGACAGUUCAACUCGACCAUCGUAUACUAGCUACCACAUCUUUCACCGCCAUUCUUGCUCUCUGGGCAUAUUCACGUUUUAACCCUCGAAUCAGAGCUGCUCUCCCAAAGACUGGAGCAAAGGGUAUGUUGGGUGUAGUACACCUCUUGAUGGUACAGGUCACUUUGGGUAUUAGUACUUUGAUAUAUCUAGUACCCACUCCGCUUGCCUCUGCCCAUCAAGCUGGAAGUCUGGCCUUAUUAACAGGUGUAGUGGUACUUGGAAGUAGAGUCUGGGUACCAAAGAGGACGAUGGCUAUUCUGAGAAAAAGGUUGACAGCCCAUAGUCCACAAAGCGCCCGGUUGAAGCAUGUUGCAAACCGGAGUGCACCAAUUGCUGCGAAAAUAUCAUAA